UUCCUUGAUAGAAGAGAGACAAAAAUUCUAUUGAGUUUGAAGAGCAAUAGGAAGAAUUCGUAGACCUAAUUCACAUAUUUUAUGGAAGAAAUCGAAUUCCGGAAGAGCAAUUUCCCCCAAUUCCAUACCCACAGGCUCCGAAUUCAAUUUCUUCGGAUCGAAGAGGUAGAAGAUAGAUAUAUUAUAUUCAGCGACACACUGAGAGUGUCAGGAGAUGCCCAAGCUUACGUUCCGCCGGAAGAAGAAGUCCUUACCUCCCACGCUGCCCCCUCCUCCUCCGCCGAUCGACGCGGCUGCCUCUACAAGCAAAGCGUCCGCGAAGAAGAAGCCGGUUGGCUCUCGCCUCUGGAUGCGGAUGGAUCGCCUUGCCCACUCCGAACUCAUCGACUGCGAUAAGACCCUCAUCAUCAAGCGCGUCUCCCUUCCCGCUAGGGAUUUCAGGAUUCUCGGCCCUAUUUUCUCUCAUUCCUCCACCAUUCUUGCUAGGGAAAAAGCCAUGAUUGUCAAUUUGGAAUUUAUAAGAGCAAUAAUCACAGCGGAAGAAGUGUUGUUACUUGAUCCUCUUCAACAAAAGGUUCUGCCCUUCGUGGAUCAGCUGAGACAGAAGUUGCCUCAGAAAGUCUCUCAAGAUAAGGAAAUGCAAUCUGCCACUGCUGGAGAAUGGUUAACUGCUCCAGAGACUGGUGAUGGCUUGCAAGAGGAACUUCCUUUUGAGUUCCAGGUCCUCGAAAUAGCAUUAGAGGUUGUAUGCACAUAUUUAGACUCCAGUGUUGCUGAACUUGAGAGGGAUGCUUACCCUGCUUUAGAUGAACUGGCCUUAAGUGUUAGCACUAAGAACCUGGAGCGUGUACGGAGUUUGAAAAGUAAUCUCACGCGUUUGCUUGCACGGGUACAAAAGGUGAGAGAUGAAAUCGAACAUCUUUUAGACGACAAUGAAGAUAUGGCUCAACUAUACCUAACUCGGAAGUGGAUACAGAAUCACCAAGCUGAAUCCUUUGAUCCUGCAUCCAACAGCAUUGUUCCUGGUGCUCCUCAUCUCCGUCGGCUCAACUCUGCCAGAAGUGGUAGUCUUGUGAGCAAUUAUUUGAAUGACGAAGAUGUAGAGGACCUAGAAAUGUUGCUAGAAGCCUACUUCAUGCAAUUGGAUGGCACCCGUAAUAAAAUUCUAUCUGUGAGUAGUUUUCUUCUUUCGGGCAUACUGUAUAUUUUUUGAUACCCUACCCGAAAAACCGGGUACCCGAUCCUGAAAUUUGGCUCAACUAUAUACCCGACACCUAACCUGAAACCUAUUCCGGGUACCCGAUGCGGUCGGUCCUGAUCAAUCGGGUACCCUACAUACCCAAGCAAGUAUUGAACA